AGUCAUUAUUACUGGUUCUCUGUUCAAACAUUAAAUAUCAUUAACUGCCUUUCUUGCUACAUCACAAAUUACAAUGACCUUCGGUCUGUUUCAGUGAAAAUGAGUCGGGAGAUGAAUAUAAAAGUUUAGUUUUAGUUUGGUGGGCAAAAGAAUAACGCUAAAUCAACAAAUUAUUACUAAAAUUGAUUUAAAACUUUAAUAAUAAAUAAUGGAGAAAAAUAAUAUAACAUUGAAUGAAAGUUUAAGCGGCGAUAAUAAGUGUGUCAAGGAAAAAGGAGAUUCUUGUAGUCCAAAUGAUAAUAACGAAGAAUAUCUCAUCACAAAAGAGGGUGAACUCCUCCCAAAAAUACAAAUUAAACUCGAAGAAGUAAUAAAAUCGAAAGGAAUAACAAAUUUUACGAUUGAUGUAUCAGCUGGGAGUUCUGUAGGAGAUAAUUUUUUAGGAUUUAUAGGCAAAUUAGUAAUUAAAGGAAUCGAUAAAAAUAAUAAACCAAUCAUUUUUAAUUGGAUAGUAAAAACAGCACCAACACAAGAUAUUUUCAGAAAAGUGCUUAAAAUCGAAAUUUUAUAUACACGAGAAAUCUAUGUCUACACGAAAAUUUUUCCAAUUUUUGAACGCUUUCAAAAAGAAAAAUCACUUCUUUCGCCAUUUAAACAUUAUCCAAAGAUAAUUUUUUCUUACCUCGAACCAUAUUGUGAAUCAUUUGCAAUGGAGGAUAUGAAAUCGAUCGGAUAUAUUAUGAGAAAUCGCAAACAAACGUUAGAUUAUAAUCAUGUUAAAUUCGUGUUAAAAACGUACGCUAAAUUUCAUGCAGUUUCUUAUGCGCUAAAAGAUCAGAAAAUUGAAGUUUUUAAUGAAUUAAGAGAAAACACUAAAGAUUCAAUGGUUGAAGCUUACGCCAAAGAACUCGCAGCGGAAAAUAUUAAUAACUCAAUGCAGCAAGCUUUAGAAACAUUAAAUAAAGAAAGUGACAUCGAAGUUUAUGAAAAGUUUAAGAAAUUAAGUGAAAAUUUUACUGAAGUUUAUUACGAUCUCAUUUCAAAACCAACGGAGUACGGUGUUAUCGGACAUGGAGAUAGUUGGAUCAACAAUAUGUUGUGGUUAUAUGAUAAUGAAAAUAACAUUAAAGAUGUUUGUAUUUUAGAUUAUCAAUUGUGUAGAUAUGGAUCACCAGCAUGUGAUUUAUCUUAUUUCAUAUUCGCUACUACGGAAAAAGAAUUAAGAGAUAAAUAUUAUAACGAUAUGAUAAUGUUUUAUUAUUAUCAUUUAUGCCAGCAAAUAAUUGAAAUGGGAAGUAAUCCCGAAAAGUGUUUACCACUUUCACAAUUAAACGAAGAGAUCAAGCGAUUUUCAAUCGUUGGUAUGCAUUAUAGUAUAAUGGUUUUGGGAUUUAUUACGAAAGAUUCCAAUGAAAUUCCGAAUUUAAGAGACGGCAAUAAAAAAUUGGAAGAUUUAGGAGUCGAGUGGAAAAAUAAAGGAAAAAAUCACGGGGAAUAUUGUCGAAGAGUUAGAGAUUGUUUACUUGAUUGUUAUGAAAAGGGAUAUUUUGAAUAUUAUGUGUAAAUUAAAUUAA